GGAAAAGAUUAAAGUUUCACCUGUCAAAAAAUAUUUUCCUGAUUUUCUAGGUGAUAAUCAAAAUUUUAAACAGACAACACAUUUUUUUAAAAAAAAAUUUCAAAGACUUAAUCGUAGUCAAAAAAAAGAAAUUUAUCCACAUUUCACAGAUGCAACAGACACAAAUCUAUUAAGACAUAUAAUGGGAAGUGUAACUGAUAUUAUUCUAACACAAAAUUUACGAGAUUUAGUACUAUGA